AUGGAAGAUGAAAGUAAUGAGGAGAUGCAUACGACAAGUUUUGCCGCCGUGGUGGCGAUGAUGAACUUGGUGAGACCUAUAAAUGAAGGCGGAGCAACAGUUCAUGCUUCAGGAAUAAACGCAGUUCCCAUUGAGGAUGGUGAGCCAGACGAUGAUUCUUCUGAAAAUAGUUUCUUUGUGGGUGGAUAA